CAGAUAGACAACAGAUUUCGUACACCCAGCCAUGAGUAUUGAGAUACCGGUGGGGUUGACAGAACUGCUGCAGGGCUACACUGUGGAGGUGCUGCGACAAAGGCCGUCAGACUUGGUGGAUUUUGCUGUACAGUACUUCACCCGUUUGCGGGACACCAGAAGUCAGGAUGGGGCUGGUGCAGCUGGAAAAAUGGGGAAAGGAGUGAUGUUUGACGGGGAGCCAAUGCAAACAGAGUCCAACGGGGAUGAGGAGGAGGAUGACGAUUCUGACUUUGAGCCUCCUCCACCCAGCAGAUUCAACAGGAGAGUAUCAGUGUGUGCGGAGGCGUUCAACCCAGAUGAGGAUGACGAGGACACAGAGCCUAGAGUGGUUCACCCCAAGACAGACGAGCAGCGCUGCAGACUGCAGGAGGCCUGCAGAGACAUCCUGCUCUUCAAAACACUAGAUCAGGAGCAGUUCUCACAGGUACUUGAUGCCAUGUUUGAGUUCCGGGUUCAGCCGCAGGAGCACGUCAUCGACCAGGGAGAUGAUGGAGACAACUUCUACGUCAUAGAAAGGGGUGUGUUUGACAUUGUGGUAUCAGGAACAUGCGUGGGUCAGUAUGACAAUAAAGGCAGCUUUGGAGAACUGGCACUCAUGUACAACACACCACGCGCCGCCACCAUCAUUGCCACCCAGGAGGGAGCGCUAUGGGGCCUGGAUCGCGCCACAUUUCGGCGGCUCAUUCUGAAGAACAACGCCAAGAAGAGGAGGAUGUACGAGUCAUUCAUCGAGUCUGUUCCCUUAUUAAAAUCGCUGGAGGCGACAGAGAGGAUGAAGAUCGUGGAUGUAUUAGGAGUCAAGCAGUUUUCAGAUGGCGAGCGGAUCAUCACACAGGGGGAUAAAGCAGACUGUUUCUACAUCGUAGAAUCUGGGGAGGUGAAGAUCAUGAUGAAGAGUAAAACGAAGGCAGACCAUGCGGACAACACGGAGGUGGAGAUCACACGCUGCAGCAGGGGUCACUACUUCGGAGAGCUGGCCCUGGUCACUAACAAGCCUCGCGCCGCCUCGGCGUACGCAGUGGCUGAUGUCAAGUGUUUGGUAAUAGACAUUCAGGCAUUCGAGCGUCUCCUGGGCUCCUGUAAGGAGAUCAUGAAGAGAAACAUCGCCCACUACGAGGAGCAGCUGGUGGCGCUGUUCGGUUCCAGUGUGGACCUGAGAGACUGAGCCUCCGACACCACCCUCCGUGCCUUCUACCACACACACAGACACACAAGACAUCUGUCCUCCGUCAAAUCGCUACACAAACUCGUCAAACCGUGAAAAACUCCACAACCAGUAUGGCAGCGCAGUCCAACGCAUGCAACAUGACCACAGCCCAGACAAACCCACACAGCUUAAGGCGCCAGUAUACCUCAGAGAGACGAAGAAAUGCCGCGUAAAGUACACUCAACUGAGGCCGUGACCAUGGUGCUGAAAAACAUACAAAAAAUAUCUCUACACAGGGGCUUUACGGUGGCAGGGGUACAAUUGUAUUUAAAAAAAAAAAAAAAAAAAAAUUUGUGUGCAUGACAUCCGGAGAUGUUAGCCCUCAAGCUAAUUUUGGUCUCGCUUAUUUUGGUGUUAGCGCGAAAGUCUGAGUGAUCAGAAAUGGAAAGCCCACCUGCACAAAGAAUAGUUCCUAUGAUGUACGUUGGCGCCUUAAGCCCCAUUCGAGCAUCGGACAUGACGGCGACGCUGCGCUUUGGAGGGCCAGGAUUUCUGAAAUGCCACAGGUUGUUGUCAGAUUGGCAUAUACUCGCCUUGACGUUUAAUCAAACACACUUAAAGGAGGAAGUGGAUGUGAACCUUUUCCAUGAGCACAAAACCAUUUAUGUUUUCCUGUUUGCAAGCGUUUUUGAGCAAUGCACAUCUGAAGAUGGACAAAAAGCACCAGGUUGAUGCAUGACUUGUAAACAUGUUGGGGGGGGGGGGGGGGGGUAUGAAUCUUUUGUGGGUUUCAGAUCAUCCUGGCCCCACAGUGCCACCUAAAGCGCUGGCAUGUAACUGCAGUCUUAAAAUGAGUGAUUCCUCGCAGCUGCAGUUUACUGUGACACAUCGUCCAGUCUGCAUACGUGCUAGCUGCCCACACACCUCUCGAUGCGCUCACUCCGUCGAUGCACAAACGCAGACCGUUGGCUAUAAGCGCCACAGAACUUACUGCUUCAACCUGUCAGUAUGAAUGUGUUCACUGCAGCGACCAUCGGUACAGGCAGCGUAAGCGCACGAAUGACGUGUCAAAAGACGCAGUGUUACGGGCUUCACGUUCUCAUCAACACUCCUACAACUGUUCCAACAAAGCCUCAGCCACGGACACACAAAACACAAACAGUUGACCACCGUGCAAAAACGGACAGACGACGUGUUAAAAACGGCGAGGAAAAACGCAAACAUCUUCAACAAAAAAGAGAUCAAAAAUGCAACAAAAAAGUUUUAAAGAAGCUAAAUGAGUUUUAGAAAUGUUUUAUGAAGAUUACAAAAACACAAAAGCUUUGUUAAAAUACUAUUUAAUUGAUAAAAGUGUUUCCUCUUUGGGAGGCUGCGGGCGCAGAGCUUCUCUGCUGUUGACUUCAGGCUGGUGAUUAUUGCAGUACCACAUAAGAAGUGAAAAACAAAAACCACCAUACGCAUUGUAUUCAAUUAAUUAUUAAUGUAUUUAUUUUUUCUUUAUAUUUUUUUUUGUUUGACAAAAUCUGCUGUUCACCAUCAAAUGUAAAAUGAGACAGAAGAAUCCUAAUAAAAACGUAAGUGCAUAUUCUCCUUGAUUAUCUUCAAAUGAGUUGUCCUGGAUUUAAAAACAAUAAAGAAAACAUUUUGUUAAAA